CGCGGUCUCGUCGUCGCUGGACCAACAACGUCGCGUGCGAACGUCGCCGCGAGAUCAUGGUUCACCAUUUCCUCGACGGAUGAAGUGAAAGCCAUGAUCGAGGCUGGAGUAGAAUGUAAAGAAGUCGAUGCGAUUCGAGAGAGGGAAACCGCUUUGGCGUCCAGUUACUCCAAGGCAAGCUGAAAGGAAUGUUGAACGGCGUGCAUCGCGACGCCAACGAGUUCUCACAUUGAUCGUCUCUAAUCAACGUCGACGUCGUCAACGACGCACCAUCGAUUAAAAAUUCAUGCUCUGGCGUAGAAUGAAAUCAAACUGACUACGAUGCUGUCGAAAUAUUUGAUUAUUGCCAUAUCUUUAGUAUGCGUUACAGAAUGUGCGACCCAAGUUUACAAGAGUCAGUCGGUCGAGACCGCUGUAGUGAUCAAACCGGCGGUUGUAAACGAUGACUUUAUUACACAAACCGUCUAUGGAUUCUUGGAUUUCACUACCACGAUUGGAAACACGGUGAUGGUGUUCAGCCCACAAAGCGCGCCAGCAGACGGGGGAAAAGAAAAGAAAAGCAGCGUUUCCAUUAUUCAAACGAAACCGAGCGAGACGAAGGAAAAAGCGCCUCCUGCUAUUCAACCAAGCAAGACGUUUAAGACAAAUUCCGUGGAAGAAACGAAAAAGCAAGUUAAAGGCACGAAGGUUGUUGUAAAUUCAGUGAUCGAGCAGAAUGUCAUUAAUUCUGAAGAUAGUGGAUUACGAACUGUAAAAAAUCAGGAACCGAAGACUCAAACACAGGUAAUGACAAAGAGUCCUGUGAUAUCUUCGCAAGUGCAGGUAAAAUCAAAGGACGAAGCACCAGUCGUUAAGAAUAAUCUUGCGGAACCUGAAUACGACUUCCUAUCGAAGCAACCUGCAGAAGUAGUUGACGAGACGUACAAGUUAAUUAAUCUGAGACCCUCUUCGAAACCCCAUGGAAAACCUAGACCUACUGGUCGACGAGAGAAAGAGAAUCCAACUGGUCUAGUUACGAAGCUCGGUGGCACUAUUGUUAAAGAUGGAUUGACCACUGUUCACGAAACUAGCGUGAUUGGUACUUACAUAAACGGGAAAUACGCUCAGGUGCUUCAAAGCUCGUCGAGAAUUCUCUCCGGAGCUCCGCCAGUUCCUGAAGGGAAAAUUCGCCCCUCUAGUACACAUAGAAUAUUAAAAACUAUUGGACCGCAGCAAGGAAAGCUAAAACCACAACUUGAACCUACACCAACGACGCAGCAAGAAGAAUCAUCGCUACCCUUGGAAGUUUUGUUUAGUUCCCCAGCUGGUUCCACAGUAAGGAGCACACGGAAAAACUCAGGCCCAAAUUUAUCACGACCGAAGUUCCGCAACAAAAUUAACGAUGAUUACGAUGGCAGUGGUGAGGUGCAACAAACGAAGCCGGGUAAAAAUCGAAGCAGUACCACCUCAAGACCAAGUUAUAAAAAUCGAAGCCCUCCAACAACAACCACAGAACCACCUGUUACUCGUCGCCGCAGCAGCUUUCGACCAAGUAAUCAACCAAGUUUGCCUUCGAAGCAGAACAAUAAAAAUAAAAACGAACAACAACCAGUUAGCCCUAAUCCUGUGCCGAAGUUGAAGCUACCAAGAACACAAGGGCGUUGGUCUUACAAGACGACUCCUAAACCAAGAAUCGCUAUCCGAAAACAAAUCGAUGUCGAGGACGAACAACGUUCGAUAUCGGAAACCAGCACAACUGAGAAUCCGGUAAACGUCGACGACAGCAAAACUACCGCAUCUUCCGUUUCCACGUCUACGGCGGCGGCUGCUGUUGGGGUAGGUCAACAGGUCAAUGCUCAGAGAAAAAUUCAAGAAGCGGUAAACGAUGAAGAAUUGGAUCCGAGCGAAAGCGAGGAUGUUGCCAGUGUCAGCGUUCAGGAUCAACAUCCUGAACAAAUUUUACCGAUCGAAACGGUCAACGUUGAAAUUUCCACAGCUGCUGAUAUGAGUAACGUGUACUUCGAAAUUGCUACUAUUAAGUCACCAUACACUUUCCAGGUUGGAACAUUGAGAAAUACUCGCUACGUGACAGUAACUUCAACGCUGAAGAAAUCAUUUUCAACGAUAGAUCCAUCCAGCACGGUAUCACCGUCAGAGCCGCUAACCGAGAAUCUCCUAGCAAAUACUGCAGCAGCGUAUGAGACGACCUUGCCAUUAGAUUCAGCCGUGGCGACUCUGCCAGCUAUAUCUUUAGAAUCUGGCCAAGCGACUCCACCUUUGGAGACUUUGACCGAGACCUUCUCUACUACGCAAACUCUACUCAAAACCCAUCUACUUCCUGUAAUACACGGUGGUAACACAACCAAACUGACGCUCGUGCAAACGUACAAUAUCGCACGUGUGGUUACUGCUAUAAAGACUUUGCCACCAAUGGAUAUAUAUCAGUUUAUUCCCAGCAAAGCGUUGAAUGAGUUUAACUCGAAGCUGGAUGAAGCAGGUAGCGAACUUCAUCUAGAGUUAGAUGUCGGUGACGAAGACAGAGAUGACGAUGAUAUUCCCAAAAGGGUAGUGGCUCCAAACAAUGACAUGGAUUCUGAUCUAGAACCUUUCAAAUCAAUUUCAUCUUCGAAAGCAAAAUCAGAAACUCCGAGCACUUCCAUCGAACCGCACUUGACUCCCGAUCAAUUGGCUCUGUUGAAAUAUUUCGGUCAACAGCAGCCACAAGUGAUCACCACUUCACGACCGGUCGUCGUUCUCGACACGCUUUACGAGUCCCACGUGAUCCCGGUAGUGAACAACGGCAAUACGAUUUAUUCGACGUUAUCCAGGCCAGUUGGCACUGUGCCACGAACAUCUUAUGAAUACGGAACGUCCACGAUUGCACCGGUUCUGCCACCGCAAUUACCACCGCAACUGCCACCACAAUUGCCGCUAUUUCCACAGCAACCCCAGUUCACGGUGACAAGCGCUCCUCUGGUCACGCAAACGUUCGCGACGGUGUCCGAUUCGAAAAUUCUGAAGCUGACAUUUGGAGCGAAAACGGCGUACACCACGUUGUUCUCGAGCAGGGUAGUACCAACCGAGAUUACCACUUAUGUUACGAGCACCAUACCCCUACAACCGACAGUCCCAGCCUUCCCAGGUUAUUAUCCUCCGCCUGUUGGCUACCCGCCUUUCCCAUUUGUAGGAUAAAGCCUCAGCAACCCGCGCUAAGCGUGCAGGGAUACGAGUUGCUCUAAACAUAUGGAGAACUGAAGAAUGUCAUUUUCCAAGAAAUAUAAUUUCUGAGAGACGAACAAAACCCAUUUGCAUCGGAUCAAUACUAGAGAUUGAUGAUGAUCCUAAUGGUAGAUUCGAUAGGUAU